AUGACAGCACACGGAGAGAUCACCCAUCAAGCCAUUUGCUCGUACUUUAUUGGGCCUAAAGCAGAGAAUAUUAGUGAAUUCAAGGCCAAUAUCAAAAACAUCCUGACCGAGCUUGAACAGGCUCGCAAGAGAUACUUUCCACAACCACCAGAUAGAAAGUUCAUCACGCCUGAGAUCAAGAACUCCGAGGAGUUUCAACGCCUUACCAAGAACUUUGGCAAUGCAUACAAGGCUCACAUGAGUACCAAUUUAACUAUGGUCUCACUCCUUGGAUACUUCAUGACCAUGCUCUACAACCCCAACAACCUGGCAAUUAAAGCGAGUCCUUUCUCUACUGCCGCCGAGAUUCUUGUGGGCGAGCAGCUCUGCGAAUUGCUGGGUUACAACAACAAUAAAUACAUUGAGGAUGUGCCUACCGGAUGGGGACAUAUUACCUGUGACGGAACAGUGGCAAAUCUGGAGUCUAUCUGGGUGGCCCGAAACCUGAAGUUUUAUCCCCUAUCUCUCCACCGAGCAAUCAAGGAAGGUCAGCUCAGGUUUGCCGCGAACGACUUCCAUCUGCAAACCUGCUCUGGCACAUCGAAGAAUUUCAUGGACCUGUCAACCUGGGAGCUGUUGAAUCUCAGGCCAGAAACGAUCCUCGACCUUCCAAAGAUGUUGCACAAGCAAUAUGGGGUGUCUCCUACUUUUAUUGAACAGGCUCUGGACAAGUAUAACAUCCAGUCCACGGGCAAAGACGAGCUGGAGCGUUAUUUCCAGAUUGACAAGCCCAUGCGAUACUUUCUUACGAAUACCCGUCAUUAUUCAUGGCCCAAAGGAGGUGGUAAAUUUCUAACCAUCGCCGGCAUUGGCUCUGAAAAUAUGGUCGGGGUCAAGGUCGACGCGGAGGCACGAGUCGAUCUGGUCGAUCUUGUGGCUAAGCUGGAGCAAUGUCUGCGGGAACAGCAAGCGGUAUAUGCUGUGGUUGCCGUGAUCGGGUCCACUGAAGAAGGAGCAGUAGACCGACUAAAUGAGAUACUGAGAAUCAGACAGCGCUUCCAAAAGCGCGGACUGUCGUUCCUUGUCCACGCUGACGCUGCAUGGGGAGGCUAUUUUGCCGCGAUGCUGCCCCGCAGGCUGAUGACAGUAGAAGCUGACUUUGAUCCACUGAAGAGCGUGGAGACCAGUGAACAGGGCUUUGUUCCUGACUUGAGCCUUAAGGUUGAGACCCAACAGGAUCUACUAGCCUUGAAGUGUGCCGACUCCAUCACCAUCGACCCUCAUAAGGCGGGAUAUAUUCCAUAUCCGGCGGGCAGCCUUGUCUAUCGGGACGAGCGUAUGCGCUAUCUGGUGACGUGGACAAGUCCGUAUAUUGGAAGAGGCUCUCUUACCAACAUUGGCAUUUACGGAGUUGAAGGAAGCAAACCCGGAGCAGCUGCCAUGUCAACAUGGCUGUCGAACCAGUGCAUCGGAUUGAAUCAGGAGGGUUAUGGAGCGCUCCUGAGUGAAGCCACUUUUACCAGCACUCGGCUCUCUGCCCACUGGGCUGCAAUGACUACCAAAGACGAUUCUUUCAUCUGUGUCCCUUUGAAUCGAUUACCAUCUGAGGUAAACGGAGGCAAUGUCGAGGACGAAAAGAGAUUCAUUCGAGAAGAGAUUCUGCCCAAAUCUAACCAGGAAAUCUACGACGAUGAUGCCACAAAGCACACAAUGACCCUGCUCCGGGCUCUUGGGUCUGACCUGAACAUCAACGCGUUUGCUCUCAACUGGCGCUACGAAGACGGUCGACUCAAUGAUGAUAUCGAAGAAGCCAACUACUUGAUGUUGCGUGUGGUAAAGGAACUCUCAAUCAGUUCGCCCAACGACGAGCCGACGGACAAGGACCUUUACCUGACAUCAACCGAAUUCAAGCAUGAGGAGUAUGGCAGUUGUGCCGAGUAUUUCAUGGAUCGCCUAGGCAUUGGCCGCUCUCGCCAGAACCUAAUGGUUCUGCGUAACGUAGUCAUGAGUGCGUUUCCAACGGACCACGACUUGAUUGGUGACAUGAUGAAGCGAUUCCGACAGGUGGUUGAAAAGGCAGUCGAGGAGUGCCGUGAACGCAAUGCCAUCAAGCCUGAUAUACACCGCUUCUUCAUCCAAGGAACAAACGAGAUAUACCUCAUCUAUCGGCCACGCUUCCAGGAAGCCCGCUUCCGGCGCCAACUCAUUCUCAGAGCAAGAUUUGAUGACGCUGGGCUGGAGGCAUACAUGAAAGCCAAGACAGGUCGCGAAGUUCUGUAUCUCAACACCACCGACCAGACCUGUCUUGAGUGUCUAUUGAAUGAAGUCAAAACCCACGGAAAAUCUACGUUUCAAGGACAGUUGUUCGAUGCAGCAGGGAACGUCCGGGUCAAUAUCAACGUUUGCGUCUUCCGAGUGAUCAAGAACCGGUCUCUGAACUCCCGCAACCGUGAAGCCGAAUAUCCCACCACGUACAUGCCCUUCUACGUGUACGGAACGGGGACGCAGUGCCAUAUCUCUCACAUCCUUCUUAAGGCUCCAAACAUUGAACUCGGUGCCGCAAAUGUGAAAUUGACCUUGGAUGCCGAUCUGGAGGACGAGGAGCUCGCACGAGGAGCGGUUCUUUGCCUGACAGGUGUUCCCGAGGCAGCGAUGCAGCCAUUUGCAGUCAAGAACACCGACGAUCGAAAGGACUUUUUCUUCCGUCCCGGGCAGGAAUUUCAAGUCAAGAUUUGGAGGGAUCUGAAGCGCGCAGACGAAAGUGGACCUGAUCUGUUGCCGGACUCGCUCGAUGACUUUGGUCCAGAACUGGCAUCAGGAACGGUCAGGCUGCAGAACGAGGUCCUGGUGGAUGCAAAAGAGGUCAACAAGGAUCCAUUUGAUAAGGAGAGUGGAGAAGAGGAAAAUGAAAAGUGGCGCGACCUGUUCCAGGAGAUUCGAGAUCAGUUGAAGUGA